UUGUUGGGCUCAUUCCGUUUAAGGCCUAUUAAUAUUAGUCGUAGCUUUAGUUAGCCCAACCAGCAUUUGAUUUGUCUGAAUUAUAAGUCCUUAACGGCUAAACCCUAAUAAAUUCCACGCUUUGUUUGACUUGUGAGCACCAUCAAGUUCAAGUCUGUCUCUGAUAAUGUAGAUACCAUUUUUGAUACCAUUUUAUUAAUUAUUCAGAGAUUACCAACAUAUACUUUAUCUUGUUGCCUAAUGCCGUAUAUUUCAUAUUGACGUUUCACAUUUGGUUAUAUAUUUAUGUUCUUUCUCUAGAAUUUACUAUAUAUACGUAUGUAUGCUAAGAUCAAUGUCAUAACAAUACAUGAUUUACACCUCUCUUAAUUGUCUAAAAAAUCAUUAGGUCACAUCUCUUUCUUAACCUAACGAUGGAUCUCCGAUUCUUGGCGUCCUUGACCUUUCUUCUCGGUCUAUUCUUCGCCAAUACAAUUCCAGCAGUUCGACAAGUCGGGGUUUGCUACGGAAGAAACGGCGACAACCUCCCUUCGGCGGCAGAAACCGUCGAGCUCUUCAAGCAGAGAAACAUCCGACGAGUUAGGCUAUACACUCCAGACCACGACGUUCUAGACGCCCUACGUGGCUCCAACAUCGAGGUAACGCUGGGCCUUCCCAACUCUUAUCUACAGAGCGUGGCCUCGAGCCAAUCACAAGCUAACACGUGGGUCCAAACCAACGUCAUGAACUACGUGAAUGGCGUCAGGUUCCGUUACAUAUCUGUUGGGAACGAAGUUAAGAUCUCUGACUCUUAUGCACAGUUCCUAGUCCCGGCCAUGAUAAACAUUGACCGGGCGGUUUUAGCAGCCGGACUAGGUGGUCGUAUCAAGAUAUCCACGGCGGUAGACAUGGGAGUGCUCGGAGAGUCUUAUCCACCAUCGAAAGGUUCGUUUAGGGGAGACGUUAUGGUGGUAAUGGAACCAAUCAUACGUUUCUUGGUAAGCAAGAACUCUCCUUUACUCUUAAACCUCUACACUUACUUCAGCUACGCGGGAAAUAAAGAUCAAAUACGACUCGAUUACGCUCUCUUCACGGCUCCUCCAGGAAUCGUUUUGGACCCUCCGAGAUCUUACCAAAACCUAUUUGAUGCGAUGCUCGAUGCGAUGCACUCGGCUCUAGAGAGAUCCGGUGGCGGAUCGUUGGAAGUAGUUGUGGCAGAGACCGGAUGGCCAACGGGAGGAGGAAUCGAUACAAACAUACAGAAUGCGGGAAUUUAUAACAAUAAUUUGAUUAAUCAUGUGAAGAAUGGGACACCGAAGAGACCGGGGAGAGAAAUCGAGACAUAUAUAUUUGCCAUGUAUGACGAGGAUAAGAAGCCGACUCCUCCUUAUGUUGAGAAGUUUUGGGGAUUGUUCUAUCCGAACAAGCAGCCUAAGUACGCUAUUAACUUUGGUUGAACCGAACCGAUAUUCUAACCAAGGAAUGGUAUAUUGUAUAUUUGAACAAAAUAUAUAGAUAUUGGUAUAUCAUUAUACAGGAAAUAAAGUUGGAG